GUUGCAGUAUGGAGGACUACCUCUAGAGAAACCCAGAGGUUGUCUAAGUCUAUGACAUUCAAGAGUGUAAACCUGCCUGUCCUAACCCUACAGAUCCACUUAUAUACCUUUGUUUAACUUCAUGCGCAUAUCCCGGUUUUCUCUGUGGUACUCCCACAAACUAGAGUCAUUAUUGCAGUCUGGGAUGAUCCCGUAAAUCAUGGCGCCAAAGCUUACCAAUAAUGUGGUCAUUAGCCAACUGAACUGAGGCUCAGGGGAAGUGGUCGGCUGAGGACCACAGCCCUUGAGCCUCAAGUGCAGGGUGUGAAGAGGCUUGCGCAGAGUUGAUUGGUUGGCCGAGGACUGGGGUGAUCAAAAUAGCAUUCUGAGAGGUAGCAGUUUUUCUGGCAAUGGAAAAUCUUCUGUAGCUUCUAUUCCACACUCGAAAUUGCAUUGUAGCAUUGUAACAUGGAGGCACAAAUUCAUCAACUUGAACAGGAAGCUUACUCUGCUGUCUUGCGUGCUUUCAAAGCUCAGUCUGAUGCUCUUACUUGGGAGAAGGAAGGUUUGAUAACUGAGCUUAGAAAAGAGUUGAGGGUUUCAGAUGAUGAACACAGAGAGCUUCUUACCAGGGUUAACUCUGAUGAGAUAAUUCACCGCAUUAGGGAGUGGAGACAAACUGGCUGUUACCAACCGGCAAGGCGCAGCACAUCUCAGCCUGUUCAUGACAUUUUACCAAGUCCAACUGUUUCAGCUUCCCGAAAAAAGCAGAAAACAUCCCAUUCGGGUCAGUCAUUGCCUGCUUUAUCUUCAGUGAAGUCUGUACAGUAUACGUCUGCAGGACCUACUGGUGGUAGGCAUUUCACAAAUCGUAAUUCUAGUGCUCUUGCAUCUAAUGAACCUGCUGAAGCAGCAGCCUUUGAUCCAUUGAUUGGGAAGAAAGUUUGGACUAGGUGGCCUGAAGAUAACCACUUUUAUGAGGCUGUCAUAACUGAUUACAACCCUGCUGAUGACCGGCAUGCUUUGGUUUAUGAUAUUAAUAAAGUAAAUGAGACUUGGGAAUGGGUUGAUCUCAAAGAGAUAUCACCCGAGGAUAUAAGAUGGGAAGGUGAAGAUCUGGGCAUACACCAUAGAAGUGGACACAGUGGGCACGGUCGUGGAGUUAAGAAAUUCUUUGGCCAUGGUGGUGAUUCUUUAGGUGCAGGAAGGGGGAGAGGUCAUCCCAGGUUUCAGGCCAGACAAGAAUUUCUCCCACCACAAAAUGGUAUUGGAAGGAGAGUUCUGGAUGACAUUGAGUUGCUGAACACAGAUUCACUAGUUAAGGAGGUGGAAAGGAUUUUUGCUACAAGUCCUCCAGAUUCAAUGGAACUUGAGAAGGCAAAGCAAAUGCUGAAAGAGCACGAGCAAGCACUUGUUGAUGCCAUUGCAAGGAUUGCAGAUGCAUCUGAUGGUGAAAGUGAUGGAGAACAGCAUUUCUUGCAGCACGGGCAAUUAAUGGAAAGGGGAUGAGAGCACAGAAACCAAUUGCGUGUUUGGAGAUGAUCUUUAAGCUCUCAUGAAGUCUCGUGGAAGUCUAAUUUUGGAUGAAUGCAUAGUCAACUUGUAGAAUCCAACUGCAGCAAAUGAUGGUCUUCUUACUGAUGCAUUUCUGUCAUUUAUUUCUUUCCCUUCCUGACUUUUGCAACAUGUGUCAGUUUUGUGCUCAAUGACGAUUUAGAAUAGGGCUUUAAAUUAUCACUUGUCAGGCACAUCAUUUUUUUUUGUCUGCAUUCAACUGUAAAAUACUAUAAAUUAUUUAUUGUCAAGGAAACCCAACAAGAAAUGUAAACAAUGUCUGAUGUCUUUUCUUU